AUGGCCAACACCGACAUUAAGGCUUUGGAGCUGCUCUUCCAGCGUCCUUUGGAGCCUGUAUUCACCUCGCGUGACCAGGGCAAGGCUGCCUUUGACUUGCCUGAUAGCUUCUAUUCGGAGCGCUAUCGUGGCAACAAUGUGGAGCUUCAGAGUCGUUUCGGUGAUAAUGUUGAAUUGAAGAUACCGCUGCGCGAUUUGCCGAAAAAGCCAAAUCUAGACUUUGCCAAGAAACUGGGACGCAAGAGUCAGUUCUCGUUGUUCAACAGUCGUCACAAGGAAAUUGCCAGCCAGUUGAUUCAACUCUACUUGGACUCGCCUGAUGUACAGAACUUUGUGGCACUAGCUGCCUAUACCAAGGAUCGCUUGAAUCCUGUGCUCUUUCAAUAUUGCUAUGCUGUGGCCAUCUCCCAUCGCCCGGACACUCAACAAGUGCCCAUUCCCAACAUUUCGCAGGUUUUCCCAACCAAUUUUGUGGAACCAUCUGUUUUCCAGGAUGCACGCCAGGAAGCGUCGCUCAUAACAAACCCUGGCGAUCGCAUUCAUGUGGACAUACCACGAAACUACACCGCCUCGGAUCGCGAAUACGAGCAGCGUUUGGCCUAUUUCCGCGAGGAUAUUGGCGUAAACAGUCAUCAUUGGCAUUGGCACUUGGUUUAUCCCACGGAGGGUCCGCGCCAGGUGGUAGACAAGGAUCGCCGUGGUGAGCUCUUCUACUACAUGCAUCAUCAGAUCAUUGCCCGUUACAAUGUGGAGCGUUUCUGCAAUAAUCUGAAGCGCGUUCAAUCCCUGAACAACUUGCGUGCACCCGUGCCCGAAGGAUAUUUCCCAAAGAUUUUGGCCAGCGUGCAGAAUCGCACGUAUCCGGCUCGUGUUACAAACCAAGUGCUGCAAGAUGUAAGCCGCGAGGAUGCCAGCAUCGAGGUGUCCGAGCUGGAACGCUGGCGUGAUCGCGUUUUGGGCGCCAUCGAUCAGGGCUAUGUCGAGGACCCCUCUGGCACGCGUAUACCGCUGGACGAAGUGCGGGGCAUUGAUAUCCUUGGCAACAUGAUCGAGGCUUCCUCGUUGUCCAUCAAUCGUCAAUUUUAUGGUAACUUGCAUAACCAGGGCCACACCGUUAUUUCGUUUGCUCACGAUCCCGAUGCCCGUCACUUGGAAGACUUUGGAGUGAUGGGUGAUGUUACGACUGCCAUGCGCGAUCCCAUUUUCUACAGAUGGCACAGCUUCAUUGACGACAUCUUUAACAAGUUCAAGACCUUGUUGCCCCCAUACAACGAGUCGCAACUAGGCUUCCAGGGAGUUACCGUGAACUACAUUGAGGCCAAAAUCGGUACACGCAAUGCCAGCCCCAACACGCUUUUGACCUAUUUGCAAAAAUCCAGCGCCGACCUGGCAGCUGGCCUUGACUUUGGCCCCAAUGGCAACAUUUAUGCCUCAUUCACGCAUCUCCAAAACGCCCCCUUCACCUACAGCUUUAAUGUGACCAAUGCCGGCAACGCUAAACGUACCGGUACCUGCCGUAUCUUUAUCUGCCCCAAGGCUGAUGAGCGCAACACACCGCUAAGACUGGAGGAGCAGCGCCUACUGGCCAUUGAGAUGGACAAGUUCAAAGUGGAAUUGAUGCCAGGAACAAACACGAUUCGUCGUGAGUCAACUAGCUCGUCAGUUGCCAUACCAUUUGAGCGCUCCUUCCGUGCUGUGGGCGCUAGCUAUCAGCCCACGGACUCAGAUGAAUUGGCUCGUUUCCGUUUCUGUGGUUGCGGUUGGCCUCAGCACUUGCUGCUGCCGAAGGGCAAAGAUGGCGGCAUGCUAUUCGAUUUGUUCGUCAUGAUUUCUGACUACACACAGGACGAAGUACAGCAGCCAAAUACCCCAUCCAAUCCGUGCAACGACGCCUACUCCUUCUGUGGACUGAAGGACAAACUCUAUCCAGAUAAGCGCACCAUGGGCUUCCCCUUCGACAGGCGUUUGCCCAAUGACGAUUUGAACGCCCUUUGCAACACCUUUUCAAAUAUGGCCAAGACCGAUUUGAAAAUUGUCUUCAAUGACCGAAUACAAGUAAAUAUAUACAAGUAUUAGAAAUAUAUUAUGCAUAAAAUGCCGGAAUGCAAUUUUAAAAUUAAAAUUAAUUCUUUCUUCUAA